UUCCGGUUCCUGUAAGGACUCUCUUUUGCAUGUGUUUAAAAGUAUUACAACCCUUGCAAUUUGUUUAACGUUUCCAAUCACAUUGAACGUCGCUUGGAUUUCCAAAACGAGGCUUCAGAUCGGUUGAAUUUCCGGCGCGUUUUUUCGGACGUCUGAAAAGUCGGUGGACAACAUUAAUCUGUUCAAUGACCGAGGUUACCAAAAGUGUUUGGAUGAGGUAGAACAGGAAGUGCCCUCUAGUACCUCUGACCCAUGUACUCAUGCAGGGGAUGGCAGUCCUUUGAUGUUUCGCACGCCCAGUUUAGGGGACGACAGUUACGACUUCCUACCUGAUAAGCCUUGUGGCUUUCCCUACAGUGACCUCUCUGCUGAUUUCUUCAUAGCAGACUCAAAGGGGCAAGACUCCACAUUUCUUCCAACAAUCGCGUCAUCAGAUAUAUCCGACUUGUUGGACUUCAACACUGGUCUAAGUUACGACUCAGUCAGAAGUGAAGACAAUCGUCCUGCCAUCCAGUUACAAGACCUCAAUCAGAACAUCAGCAGGACAAACAAGCAGCAGGUGCCUGUUCCGCAGUCAGUAAGCAAGUUUUGCCUUUCUAACUCCCAGAAUUCUCUGCUCACUCGCAUGAUGUCGACACCACGAGACUCCAUCUUGGAAUCCCUGGAAAGCAUCGCUCCGAAGUUUCCCCCUCAGGACAUGGAGCUGCCGGACAUCAGCGUCUCCAAUGGCCUUCAGACCACAGUAUCCAUGGCGACGGGUCAUGGCGCUGGCUCGAUGUACGCGAAGGCGGGUGGAUCGUCUCCCCCGCAUGCAAUAGCUCUGAAGGAGAGCUCCCCGUACUCCAGUGCCGCCGUCACGGUGUCCCCGUCCAACUCCUCGGUGUCCAACCUGUCCAACAUGACUCCCCCGGCAGAGAGCAGUGAGGACAGUGACGACAGUGUACCCCUGGCACAGCUGGUAAAGCGUCAGGCUGAAGACAUGGCUCCCAUGGCUAUGGGAAAGGUCAAGGUCACAGGGAUCAAGAAGCCCAGGAUUGUCAAAAAAAAGAAAAAGAAAGACCCGAACGAACCGCAAAAGCCUGUGUCCGCAUACGCACUGUUCUUCCGUGACACUCAGGCGGCCAUCAAGGGACAGAAUCCCAACGCAACGUUCGGAGAGGUUUCCAAGAUUGUAGCGUCCAUGUGGGAGGGACUAGACCCCGACCACAAAAAUGCAUACAAAAAGAAGACGGAGACAGCCAAGAAAGAAUACCUGAAGCAGCUUGCAGCAUACAGGGCCAGUCUUGUAUCCCAGACCCGGAUGGAUGAGUCCCCUUCACCCCCGCGCCACUCCCCUCUGGGCUCCUCCCCCCAGCAUAUGAUGGGCUACAUGAACAACAUGAGCCCCGCCCACAUGAGUCCCAUGCAUGCCCAGUCACCCCAGCACAUGUCCAGUCCUCAUCACAUGCCCAGUCCGCACCACAUGCCAAGUCCACACCACAUGCCCAGUCCACAACAUAUUACCAGUCCACACCACAUGCCCAGUCCACAACACAUUCCAAGCCAGCAGCACAUGCUGAGCUCGCAGAUGGGUGGAAACAUGAACAUGUCCAGUCCGCAACACAUCUCUAGUCCGCACCAUGUAACCAGUCCACAACACAUGAUGUACGAAGGUCAGCAACAGUCCUCCCCUCAGUUCCACAACACGUCAACGUACAACGGGACCCAGUCCAUGGGAAUGAUGGACAAUGGUGUGAGACUCAACUGCCAGCUGGGACCACCUACCGGGGUAGGUCGCUACUGGGGUAACUCUGGACGACUGGUGCCUGCAGGGAUGUGUAUUCGUACCGGUUGUAACAACCGAGCCAUUGACAACAUCGGCUGGGACAGCGAAUACUGUAGUAACGAGUGUGUCGUCUCACAUUGCAGGGACGUGUUCUCAUUGUGGGUGUCCAACAGACAGAUGGCUCCCAACUCAUUCCCAGUCAAGUGAGUCUCUCUGUGCAGCCGGGCCCAGUGUUUGUAAGGGUCUGGAGUGAAUGUCUACGAGAGUUGUUGGGUUUAACGGUUUGUGGUCUAAAAAGGGAUGGAGUCAGUUCAGCACUCGUGCAUGGCGGUGUGUAACCAUGAUGCCAAAGUGGUGUGUAGCCGUGAUGUUAUGGUGGAGUGUAUCCAUGGUUCCAUGGUGGUGUGUGACCAUGAUGCAGACACUGCCCUCUGCUUGGCUGAUGCUGGCUUCUUAUUUAUUUUUGUUUGCAAACUUCUAUUAUGUAUUAUACUGAAACAAUAUGUUGUAUUUUUAUUAGUAAACUAUAGUUGAAGGUAUUUAUUAAAAAAAUGACACAUGUAUGUAACAGCAAAAAAGUAUUUAACACAGAUUGUGUGAGCUGUUUCUUUCAUGCUUUGAUUAUGUUGCUAGAAGUAUUGAUAUAAUUGGAUGGAAACAAUGGCCAAAAACUUUCAAUCCCUGGUGUUAGCUUAAGAUAUAACAAGCCUCGUUGUGGGAAAAGUGGAUGUUAUGCCUGUGCAUUAGUGUGAAGUCCGCUCAAGCAAAUUUGGGACGACACAUUACGGCUUAAAAGAAUUUUGGUUAAGAAGACACUUUCUGUAAAUAAAAAUUCCAUACAGACAGAAUGUGUGGUUGCUGAUUAGCCUGUGCCGAUUGCACAGGCUGAUCUGGGAUGACACUUGACACACAAGCAUUAAGCCCAGUUUUCCCAAAAACAAAGCAAUAAUAUUCAUCAGUUCAAAUGAUUGUUACACAAGUGCUUUGGUUUCUAUUAUUCAAAAGAAUACAAUUUUCAUUAUUGUAGUAAUUGGAGCAUGUUUGUAGUAUACAGGUAGUUUCAUACGAUAGUCUAAAAUAUUUUUAUUUCUUGGCAAUUUGUUGUAGACUAAAUUGAGUCUUUCUAGUGAAUGAUGACUGCUUUAUUGUUUUUAAUUAUGCCUCCUGUAGGGUGGCAUAUAGCAGUUGA